AUGUCAACCACAACAACUGUCGAAGUUGAAACACAACCCGCCGGGGAGAACAUCGAACUCCGGCAUCUCGGCCCCAGCAGCUCUUCCGGCCGCCAAAUCGGCGCCGAGUCCAAAGAGGCGUCUCACGUAGAGGCGGCACCACAUGUUUCAGACGGUGGUGACGGUGGCGAGCCACCGCCAGAUGCCCUGGCGGAGGUUGAGAGGUGGAAUCGGCCUGUCAAGAAUAUUGGCCGGCUUGCGUUUGCGUUUGUAUCCUUUGCCAUUGCGGGGAUGAACGACGCUGCAGUUGGUGCUUUAAUCCCAUAUCUCGAAGAGUAUUAUAAUCUCAGUUACACCGUCAUAUCCCUAAUCUUUCUUACUCCCUUCGUUGGCUACUCCAUCGCUGGUUUUACCAAUGCCCGCAUCCAUGUCCGGUUCGGCCAGCGAGGCGUGGCCAUCAUGGCGCCCAUAUGCCAUCUCAUCACGUUUGCAAUCUUGGCCUCGCACCCCCCAUAUCCCGCUCUCGUUGUGUGCAAUGCCAUCAGCGGAUUUGGCAACGGUCUGACGGAUGCCUGUUUCUGUGCCUGGGUCGGCGCCAUGGACAAAGCAAAUACGAUCCAAGGUUUUCUACAUUCGUGCUAUUCGCUUGGCGCUUUGUUUUCGCCGCUCAUUGCUACCUCAAUGGUCGUCAAGGGUGGUCUUCCUUGGUAUACUUUCUACUAUCUGAUGAUUGGCAUGUCUGGUCUGGAAUUUGCUGGGCUCGUCAUGGUCUUCUGGGACAAAACAGGCGCCGUGUACCAGGAGGAGCAUGCCCACGAAAAUGCAGAUGCCGGUGCUGCUGGCGCAGGUACUCGCGAGGCAAUGAAGUCGAAAGUCACUUGGCUUUGCGCACUCUUUUUCUUUGCCUACAUGGGCGUGGAGGUUGGUCUCGGAGGCUGGGUCGUCACAUUCAUGCUCCGCGUUCGCCAUGCUUCGGCCUAUGCAUCUGGAAUUUCAGGCUCAGGGUUCUGGGCGGGCAUGGCGCUUGGCCGUGCCGUCUUGGGAUUCGUGACGGAGCGAUUCGGCGAGAGACUCUGCCUAUCAAUCUACCUUGGGAUCUGCCUUGGCCUCCAAUUGCUUUUCUGGCUUGUUCCCCAAUUUGUCGUUUCUGCCGUUGCAGUCGCUUUUCUGGGCUUUUUCUUAGGCCCAAUGUUUCCAGGCGCUGUCAUGGUGACGGCCAAACUUCUGCCCAAACGCAUCCACGUCAGCGCCAUUGGAUUUGCCAUGGCUAUGGGCGGAACAGGAGGCACGGUUUUCCCCUUCAUAAUCGGCGCGAUUGCAUCCCACAAGGGUGUUUCCGUCUUGCAGCCCAUUAUCCUGGCGCUCAUUGCCGUGAUUGCGGCAGUUUGGUUGAGUUUCCCCCGUAUUCAGAAGCGAGACUAA